CGAAGAAAUAAAUCCCUAAUCGUGUUCCUUCGUAUUUCCCGGAAUCAUGAAUCGUGUCAGGGGUGGUAGACAACUUAAAUAUCGCGCGAGGAACGGAAAAGUUUAAGAAAGGAACGCGAACUUGAUGAAAAUGGACUCGACGAAGCUGGGCGGGCCAGCCCCAACCAGCCCGAGGGCACACUCGCCGGCUGUACCGGCCUACACCUCCGCCACGGCGGAUGGAAACAUCGAUUACAUAAUCGGGGACUACAUGGAGAGGCUGGGAACGAGGUUGAACACGUUGGAGAACGAGUUGAGGUACGCCUGGAGGGCGUUGGAUCUGCUCAGCCAGGAAUAUAUCAAGAUGUGGGAGAGGUUGGAGAAGCUGGAGGGCCUGCUGUACGAACAACAGACGGUGAUCAGCCAAUUGAUCGAGUUCUACGCGAGCGGAGGUAGCCACGAGACGAGCAACGUGGUGGUCGAGGAGACGUUGGCUAAUCAACAGAGCACGGUGGGCGAGUUGGACGCGAUCGCGAAGAGUAUAGGCGCGACCAUGGGGAUCGAGGAGACGAAUGCGAUCAGGGAGAAGUUGGCGCAGCAGGAGAUCGCCAGGAUGCACGGACUAACGCAGGACAGCUCGACCGCUGCAGCGGUAGUUACCGACAUGCACAGGAACGUGAGGAACUUGGAUACUCUGGAGACUCUCGCGGAAGAGAGUAACAUUCCAGACGAGGCGUUCUACAGGAGUCUGAACAAUGCUUACAGGGAGGACUUGAUCUGUGGCGACACGUCCAGACCGACGUCGCAGCUCGGUAUGAUAUGGGAGGAGGCGGAGGACGAGGAUGUGAACGGAAAGAAGGAGGUGGAGACGAGUAUGUUCGAGAAGACUGUUGUCGCGAAAGAGAAAGAGCUCGAGUGCGAAUUGGUCGUUGCAAAGCCGACGAAGGAAGAGAUUCAGGAGGCGGUGACGAAAAAGGAGGACGAGGCGGACGAGGACGAGGGCGAGGUGUUCAGCGCGGCUGAUUACAAGAGUUAUCGUGGGAACACGCCUUGCGUGAGCGAGCAAGAUCUGGCCCAAUUGUCCAGAUUGAGCUCCAUCGACCAAGUCGCCCUGGAGAAAUUGCACGAACUGGACAGGUUGACCAACAAAUUGCAAAAGGAUUCUCAGAAUCUGAUGGAGCUGCAAUCGAAACUGAUGGACUCCCCGAAGAGGCAGUACAGCUCCGAGGCCGAGGCGAAGUUGGCCGAAGAGGCGAGUAGCAUAGACGAGCAAUUGAGAAAAAUCUACGCCGAAACCGACGUCGAUAGCUGGACGUUCUCGAAGAGUCCCGGAUCGACUGGUCGAUCUAUAUCUCGAGUCAGCACCGACAGUGGUCUAGCAACCGACGGCGACUUCACAACAAGGUCAAUUUCACCAAGACUGACGUCCACAUCCAGAUCGAAUCUGGAUUCCAUCUCGAGCACCUACACCCCGCCCAGACUAGGUAGCUACACUUCUACAGUGCGCGAGAAGAGUCCAGAGCCAGUGAUCCAGUUGCCCAUAGACGUGGGCAGCUUCGCCAAAGGCUACGCGGAAAACAAGGAGCUGACCGAUCUGAUGGUCGAGAGUUUCGCGGCUGUCACCUGCGCCUCGCCCACCAUCUACAGCACCACCACGGACAAAGUGGCGUCGCCCACGCACUCGGCCGGGAGCGUGCACAGCGUGCAUAGUGUCCACAGCGUGCAGAGUCUUCGAACCAGGCAAGAUGGUUAUUUCGGCAGCGCCGCUCGGCUCAAUCUCGAGUUUCAAGAAAGUAGAACGCCCCCGAGUCCGUCGCCGAGCUCGCCACCUCCACCAGCGCCCCGAGACUCGGCCGAGCCUUUCCUCAUGCCGGGCCCAGACCAAAGGGAACCGGACGCGAAACGAUCCCAAAGCCCCACGUUCCUGAGAAGCGCGGACAAAUUGGUCUCCGUGGAGCAAGGUCGCCUAAGUCCGCGAACCCCUCACUCGCCUAAAUCGCCACGAGUCUCGCCCAAGCACACGGCCAAGCCAAGCGUGGCCAACAUCGUCGCGGCCAAGUCCGAUUCCGGCCUAUCCUCCAUGAGCGGAUGGAGCAGUUUGGACAAGUCACCGAGCUCGCCGAAAAGCUCCAUCGCCAAGAUGCUCACUUCGUAUUCCGUGGAUCACGCGAGAUCUUUGAUCCCAAGCACGACCACGGUCAGGUCUGCCAGCCCGAUUCCGCCGCUUCCGGAGGCCACCACCACCGCCACGAUCAUCACCCAGGAACCGUUGUACGACACGCCUGAAGGCAGGGACGCUACCGCUGCCGUCACCUUCACAGUCACCAGCCACUCUUACACGGUAGCCAUGAACCAUCUGUCGGGAUACGCGUCGAUCAAGACCCCGACCACGAAGGAAGAGUACGGCUUCGUGCUACCCCCAGCGCCCAUCGCGACCACCUGUCAGAGUCCCAAGAAACGAGGUCGCCAACAGGCGUUGCAGCACACGUACGACACUGUGCCGCCUGGAACGACGAUCGACUACGUUUACAGGUCGGAACAGCCGGCCAUUUAUUCCGUGGCAGGUAGCAAUCGGCAACAGGCGAUCACGAGCGUGUACACGAGCAGCGCGGGAGGUUACGGUCCGAAGACCACCACCGCUUACGGGUGGAUGGAUCAAUUGAACAGUUACGACAAUUACACCACUGUCCAGUACACGGAAUCGAGCGCGGUUUCGGUUCACUUGAAGAAACCGUUGAGGGGUGCCGCGUCCACGGACGGUAUGACGAACCACGAAGGAUACAAAGCCGCGAUGUAUCGCACAAUGUUCCCAACGGGGAACAUCACCGACGCGCUCUCCUAUUAUCCCACGAGCGCGAAUCUGCCGCGGACAGAGACCUCGAACGAGACUUCGUGGUUGAACUCGAUGGAGGAUCAGAUACCCCACGACUCGACUUCCUCCAGCAUCAGAUCGUUGACCUCGGACGGCAGCUACGCCCAGAGCCCGUACACGGACAGAAGGUAUCCCCAACCACCUGCGUAUCAGGCCCAUCAGUAUCACCACACGUACGCGAAUCAGAAUUAUCCGCAAGCUUAUCAGCAACAGUAUCAACCGUACAGUCAAAGAUUGACCAGUACCGAAAGCGCACAACUCACGGAUGGAUAUCAAAGACAGUGGCAACGGGAACACCAAUACAUCCAGGAUCACGAAACCGCGAGAAUUCCUAUCGAUCAAAGCCAGCAUCAACAAAGCGAGUACUACGAUCCAUCGAGCGUGAUAGUGUCCCAAUCCGGGUACAUCAGCAUUGCGUCGAACUUGAAGGAUCAUGAGAUCGAGACGGCGAAGGUUAAUAAAAAAAUAAGACGUGGCUCGUCGUUGAAGAAUGCUAUGAGCUCGAUGAGCAAUUGGUUGCCAGACUUACACUUGAGCAAGAGGCACAGGAGUCACUCGUUGCCAGGUGGGGUGAGAAGAGAGGAUUUGGACAUGUCUCAGGAGCAGCAACAGCAACAGCAGCAACAACAACAGCAAAGACUUCCUGCUGAAACAGUGGGCAGAGGUCGUGGCAGGGGUCAAGCGCCAAGGAAAAAGAAGAAACACACGUUGGUGUCUACCGUGUCAGGAAUCCUCCAGAAGGCUAAGAGGCGAAGUCAUCAAUCGCAGUCUCUGUCCGAUCCUGAACAGUCUGAAACGGAAUGGAGCAGCGGCAGGCAGAGUGGUUUGUCCGAAGACGAGGACAGCGUAAUGUCGGAUGUGAACCAAGAGCCUCCGUUCUUCGCCAAAGUGAAGACAGCCAGCACGAAGCGUAAACAGCCCCAACCGAUUCCUCAACAGCAACAACCGAUCCCUCAGCCGUUACCUCAGCAACAGAAAGAUUAUAUUCAGCAGCAACAGCAGCAGCAGCAACAACAAAAUUUGCAGCAGCAGCAGCAACAACAAAAUUUGCAGCAACAGCAGCAAGCCCUUCAACAACAGAUUCAGCAGCAUCAGGAGCAGCUACAGCAGCAAGCUCUCCAAGACGGUUGGGGGAAGGAGAAGGAUCAGAAGAAAGAGAUGGAGCACGAGGUGAUCAGCGAACAAAUCAGCGGUUUCGAGGAAGAGACGUCGGGGAAGAGCACGGGUUCCGGGUCAGGUGGCUCGUCCAUAUUCCAAACUGUUGGAGAUAUCAAACGAUCGACCGGUAGCUCUGACGAGGCCCCUAACGAAAAAGCCCCGAAACUUCCCCCUGUGACGUUGAUGGGCGGAGCAAGCAUGGAAUUCGCGGUGUCCAGGGCACUGGGAAAGUAUCGUCAGAGACAAUCCUCGACGGUGUCCGACGAACAACCACCAAGCGAGGAAGGUAGCACGGAGAAGAAGUCCGACGAAGGCACCGUCCAGACUCUGGAGACGAGCUUCGAGUAUCCUGAGGACAUGUCGGAGAAGAGCGAGAAGAGCGAGAAAUCUAGCAGCACGAGGUUGCCGGAAUUGGUGACCAGCAUAUCGGAGGAAGCUCCACCGUCGGAGGGAAGCCCAUCCGCGUCGAGCACGAGGGGUCAAACCCCGGCUGGUAGCCGAUUCCUUCCACGACAUCAACAAUCUCUCGAAAUUCCGUGGACUGGCUCGAGACAGGGCGAAUUGGACGAGGAUAAUCGAAGCACGCAUUCCUAUCGAAGCACGUCGAGGGUCUCGUCCAGGCGACAAAGUACGGAGGAUUCGAUCGACUCCGAGGACGAGUGGUAUCGAUACGAGUUGAGGAAGCUGGAGGAGCUCGAGAGGCAAUCGCAGAUAGAGAUAGAAAUGGGCGAGGUGCUGGUCGAAGAGCCUGAAGAAGUUGAACACUAUCAACCGGACGAGGCGGUGAAGGAGAAGAUGUCGUUCGUGCUGAAAGAAUUAAAGCUGAAAGCCAGUAGCAAGGUGAAGGAGGAGAAGGUGAAGGAGGAGAAAGAAGAUCUGCGAACGAGUAAAAUGAACGGGACGGUGGCAAAGGAUCGUCGAGUCGAGGAACGGGACAAGUAUCGAGACGAGAAACCGAUUCCAAAACGAAAAUCCGCUGAGAGUAUCGAGGCAGUGUUUGCAAGGGUCACCGAUUAUCAUACUUGGGCGCACGAAGAGGAAGCCAAGAAGGAGAAGCCGGCCAUGGAAGAGGGCUCUUCUGGAGAGACCUCUGGUCCUGAUAGUCCGGUCCAAUCGAUGGACGAGGAGGAAGAGGAAGAAUUGCCGAAAGACAUCGACGAGCAACCGUCGAGGCGAAGCUCUAGCGGCUCGACUUUUCGACACGGAGAAAAGAUCCAUUCUGGUUCCGAACCGAUAUCUCGCGAGGGUAGCGUGAGUGUACCGCCUAGCGAGGUGUCUGUUAGCAUUCCAGGUGCUUGGGACUCGGAGAGCACUGUCCUCGAGGGGUUGGAGCGAGACGGUGCUGGUAGCGCUGAAACGGCUACUACGGCGACUUUGAGUCUGCCCAAGAUUAAAAUCGAUUCUUCGUCGUGCGGCAGUUCCGACACGACACUGAAGGAGGGCCAGGUAAGUCCUGGCCCACCUGGGUCGAAAUGGAAAUUGCUGAAAGCGUUGAAGGAGCGAAAGGCGGAGGAGAAGAUGAAGGAGGUCGAGGAAGCCUCCAAGGAGACCACCAUUUCUCAGGGACCCACGGCAAACGGGAGCGGAACUGGCGGCGAAUCCGGUGGACGGGGCAACGGGCAUCCGGGGGACAAUCCUUUCUACAGCAACAUCGACAGUAUGCCGGACAUUCGACCGCGCCGAAAAUCGGUGCCAUUGGUCUCCGAGCUGGUCUUGAAGACAAUGGCGGCGACCAAGAGGAACGCGGCUGGUCUAACCUCGGCGGUGCCAAGAGCGACCUUGAACGACGAGGAGCUGAAGAUGCACGUGUACAAGAAAACGCUGCAGGCGAUGAUCUACCCGAUCUCCUCGACCACGCCUCACAAAUUCGUCACCUGGACCGCCACCUCGCCGACCUACUGCUACGAGUGCGAGGGCCUUCUUUGGGGCAUCGCCCGGCAAGGGGUGCGGUGCACGGAGUGCGGUGUCAAGUGCCACGAAAAGUGCAAGGACCUGCUGAACGCCGAUUGCUUGCAAAGGGCGGCAGAGAAAAGCUCGAAGCACGGUGCCGAGGAUAAGGCGAACAGCAUAAUCACGGCGAUGAAGGAGAGAAUGAAGCAGAGGGAGCGAGAAAAGCCCGAGAUCUUCGAGCUGAUUCGCACGACGUUUUCAGUCGACCCGGACACGCACAUAGACAGCCUCGAGCAGGCCGAACAGAUCGUCCUCGAGGGUACAAGCAAGUGGUCCUGCAAGAUCGCCAUCACAGUGAUCUGCGCCCAAGGAUUGAUCGCGAAAGACAAGAGCGGCACAUCUGAUCCGUACGUGACGGUCCAGGUCGGCAAAGUGAAGAAGCGAACGAGGACCAUGCCGAGGGAAUUGAAUCCUGUUUGGCACGAGAAGUUCUACUUCGAAUGCCAUAACUCGUCCGACCGGAUAAAAGUGAGAGUGUGGGACGAGGACAACGAUUUGAAGUCGAAGCUAAGGCAGAAACUGACGAGAGAGAGCGACGAUUUCCUCGGUCAGACGAUCAUCGAGGUGAGGACGCUGAGCGGGGAGAUGGACGUUUGGUACAACCUUGAGAAGAGGACGGACAAGAGCGCGGUUUCCGGCGCGAUCAGGCUGCACAUCAGCGUGGAGAUCAAAGGCGAGGAGAAGGUCGCCCCUUACCACGUGCAAUACACGUGCCUGCACGAGAAUCUGUUUCACAGUUUGUGCGAGAAGAACGAUGGGGUGGUGGCGCUGCCCCAGGCGAAGGGGGACGACGCCUGGAAGGUGUACUUCGAUCCACCGGGAGAAGAGCUCGUGGACGAGUUCGCGAUGAGAUACGGAAUCGAGAGCAUUUACCAAGCAAUGACACAUUUUCACUGCCUCUCCACGAAGUACCUGUGCCCAGGUGUGCCAGCGGUGAUGUCCACCCUGUUGGCGAACAUAAACGCGUACUAUGCCCAUACAAGCGCGAGUUCCGCCGUUUCGGCCAGUGAUAGAUUCGCCGCCAGCAAUUUUGGGAAAGAGAAGUUCGUGAAAUUACUGGAUCAGCUGCACAACUCCCUUCGAAUCGAUCUCUCCAUGUAUCGAAAUAACUUCCCUGCCUCGAGCCAGGAGAAGCUGAUGGACCUGAAGAGCACGGUCGACCUUCUCACGAGUAUCACAUUCUUCCGUAUGAAAGUUCUGGAAUUGUCCAGCCCGCCGAGGGCGAGCACCGUGGUCAAGGAUUGCGUGAAGGCGUGUCUUCGAUCGACCUACCAGUUCCUCUUCGAGAAUUGCUACGACAUCUACAACAGGGAAUUCCAGGUGGAUCCGAACGAGGCGAAGAGGGACGCCGAGGACCACGGCCCUCGUUUGGAAUCGUUGGAUUUCUGGCACAAGUUGAUCGCGCUGAUCGUUUCGGUGAUCGAGGAGGAUAAAAACAGCUACGCACCCGUCCUCAACCAAUUCCCCCAGGAAUUGAACAUCGGUCAAUUGUCGGCGGCCACCAUGUGGUCCUUGUUCGCUGUGGACAUGAAAUACGCGUUGGAGGAGCACGAGCAGCACAGAUUGUGCAAAUCUUCGGCCUACAUGAACCUCCAUUUCAAGGUUAAAUGGUUGCAUACCAAUUACGUGAAGGAUGUGCCGCCUUACAAAGGCGCUGUGCCCGAGUACCCUGCGUGGUUCGAGCCGUUUGUCAUGCAAUGGUUGAACGAGAACGAUGACGUCUCACUGGAAUAUCUCCAUGGUGCCUUCAACAGAGACAAGAAGGACGGAUUCCAAAAGAGCAGCGAACACGCGCUGUUCAGUGUCUCCGUCGUCGACGUCUUCACACAAUUAACCCAGUGUUUCGACGUGGUCUCCAAACUGGAGUGUCCAGAUCCGGAAAUCUGGAAGAGGUAUAUGAAGAGAUUUGCAAAGACCAUUGUGAAAGUAUUGGUCGCAUACGCGGAUAUCGUGAAGAAGGAAUUCCCAAGUCAUCUGAAGGAAGAGAGAAUCGCUUGCAUUCUUAUGAACAACAUUCAACAAUUGAGAGUGCAAUUAGAAAAGAUGUUCGAAUCGAUGGGCGGAGAGAAAUUAGAAGAGGAUGCGGCGAACAUUCUGAAAGAACUUCAACAACAAUUGAAUGGAGCACUCGACGAUCUUGCUAUGCUCUUUGCAAAGAGUUUGGAACCAAGAAUAACAGCUUCCGUGAAAGAAUUAGGAGAUCUGUUGUUAGCUAUUAAAGGUAGUGGACAAGUGCAACCUGCUCAAAGAAACAACGUCGCCGUCGAAGCUGACGAAGUAUUGCGUCCUCUCAUGGAUCUUCUCGAUGGAAGUUUGUCGUUGUACGCUGAAUCUUGCGAAAAGACUGUGCUCAAGAGAUUGCUGAAAGAAUUAUGGAAGAUCGUCAUGAGGAUUCUGGAGAAGACAGUGGUGCUACCGCCUAUGUCAGACAAGAGUAUGAUGUUCAAGAAUCUAACAGACAAUGCGAAGAAUCUGGCCGCGAAUGCUAAGAUAGAAGACAUGUCGAAAUUGUUUAAGAAUCACAUGGCCGGCAAACCGGAUGUGAAGAACGCACUGAGCGGUGUAAUGGAUAUUUCGAAGGAAGUAGAGAAGAAUCUUUCGCCGAAACAGUGUGCAGUCCUCGAGGUUGCCCUCGAUACCAUUAAACAGUACUUCCACGCAGGUGGCAACGGUUUGAAGAAGACAUUCUUGGAGAAAUCACCGGAAUUGCAAAGCUUGCGAUAUGCCUUGAGUCUGUAUACGCAAACAACAGACACACUCAUCAAGACUUUUGUCACGUCUCAGGUCAACCAAGUGCCACUGAACAAUGCGUCAAAGCUACGUCAGCGUCAGCGUUCGAUGAGCAGCGAAAGAGGUGGCGACGAAGGGGAAGGAGCCGAGGGUAUGGAAAGCCUCGAGGAACCCCUUCGCCAGAGCAAGCCCUCUCUUCGUCGAGAGAGUCGACAAGUUCCAGAUACUGCUGGCACAGAGGAAGGCUCAGUUGGAGAAGUCAGUAUUCAAGUGGAUCUCUUCACGCAUCCUGGAACUGGCGAACAAAAAGUCACCGUCAAAGUUGUCGCUGCGAACGAUUUGAAGUGGCAACUAGCUACAGGAAUGUUCAGGCCAUAUGUUGAAGUAAACUUGAUCGGACCACAUCUAACUGGAAAGAAGAGGAAACAAUCAACAAAAUCAAAGACCAAUAAUUGGUCACCACAAUUCAAUGAGAGCUUCGACUUCAUGAUCGGCAAUGAGCAGCAGCAAUUGGACUUCUACGAAUUGCACAUCUGUUGCAAAGAUUAUUGCUUUGCCAGAGAAGACAGACUAGUUGGUGUAGCAGUGAUGCAGCUCAAGGAUAUAGUCGAGGAAGGUUCCUGCGCCUGCUGGUUGUCGCUCGGCAAACGAAUCCAGAUGGACGAGACCGGUUGGACAAUCCUGAGGAUUCUUUCGCAGAGGAACAACGACGAAAUUGCGAAGGAAUUCGUUAAACUGAAGAGUGACAUCAGGCAGGAGACACCUUUACCGAAUCCUACCUGAGACUCGCAGCAUUAAAGCCACGACAGCGAAGCGAUGCGUCCUUCGAGUUUGGAAAGAGCUCGAAGGAGAGAAGGAAAGAAGGGGUAUUGUCCACAGGGGAAACUAUAGAACGUUCGGCCGUCGUUGUCGAGAAUGAAGUCUUUAAAAAAACAAAACAAAAAAAUAAAAAGUAAAAAAAUAAAAAUGCGAGCAAUAUACAUGCGAUAUCGAAAACGUAUGAAACACGAGUAAUAAGAAAAAAAAAAAAAAAAAAAAAAAAAAGAAAACAAAAACACGAAUGAGAAAAAAAGAUCACCGAUAAGGACAAUCGGCCGAAUCCUUUUCGGUUCUAACGAUAACAUCGUCGGUCAGUGAGGGAACAAGAAAGCAUGUCGCGCGACAUAUUUUCUUCUUGCUUCCUUCGCAGCCAGCUUCCGGUCGAGCGUGUUCUUCUGUCUUUUUUUACGAAUCACAGAGCUUUAGCCCCGUCCCCUAUAUAAACCGAAUAAACAGAAAGAAAGAAAGAAAAAAAAAAGAACAAAACCAAAACAAAGAAAACAAGAAAGAAGGGUUUCGAGCCUGAACAUAUUUAAAAAGAGUCCCCGAAUCGAAACGUUCGUCCAAUGGAAGUUAGAUAAGGGAGAAAAGAAAAAAAUGAAAGGGUGAUUCCUCCCACCCUUUCGAAACAAAUGAUAGAAAAAUAGAAUAAGACGUCCAAGACGGCGAACUUUUGGUUCAAACAAGUGCCGUAAAGAUGGAGGAUACGAAACCUCAGGUAUUGGAGAGUGUUUUGAAUAGACGCAACAUGUGAAAACAGUGCUGCCAGUACGCAAUAUAUUUGGUAAAUAUUCGUAACGUAAGGAAAAGAGAACGAAGUUGAAAUAGUCGUAAAAUGUAUCCAGCGCGAUUAGACCUCGACCUGUAUGGAUUCACAAAAGAAGAGGAAGCAGCUUAACUGUGAAUAGAAAAGAAGAAGAAAAUAAAAGAACGAUCGAAUCGGGGUCCGUGAACAUAAGCACGUUGCAAAUAUAAAACGCGAAUCAAACGUGUUUUCAAAACUGAAAAGCGAAUCGCGCUGCAACGAGGAGAUGUAAUACUACGUAUAAAUAUAUAGACCCUUGUGAGAGACGACGUUUUAGGCCGUUUGUUUGGGAAGACGAGUUUUCUUGUAGAUAUGUGAAACACAUUGUUGACGAAAAAAGUUUUUUCUAAAUAACAGUUUAACGUAGCAUUGCGUACGACCAAUAGGCACGUCACGACGUUACUCGAGACGUGCCGUUAGUAAUAAAUAGGCAUUGUAAUGUAAAGUACGUUCUUAUUGUAAGAAUUAACAAGAGAUCGUAUGAGUCUGAUUAUUGUUGGUGAACAAAUAUGAGGUCCGCUCGAAGACUUCGAACAUUUUCCCUGAAUCACCUUUGGUCUAACUUCGAAGACGAUACAUAGAUGUUUACUUAUACAAGAAGUCGAUAUUCCGUUCCACUGAAAAAGAUAAAUAAAAAAAAGAAAAAGAAAAAAAUAACAAGAAAAGAAAGAAGGAAACAAAGUAGAACUUUCGUCCGCCUUAGAUUUUCUUUCAAUAUACAAUAUUGUGAAACAGAGAAUCCGAUCUUUGAUCCAUUAUAAUCAGAAAAUACUAUUUCUAUGAAUCGACAGCCUAACUUUUUCGAAAUUAAACUUUAUAUCGUGGUAGUUGUAUGAUAACUUAAAUAAUCAUCUAACUUCUCGACUCUUUCCCUCUUGACGAUCAUUGCUUUUUGUGUGAGCGAGCAAAAUAUGUAAACGACAAAGUGGAACGCAAGCUUCGAAGAAAAAAAAAUGGACAUUAAUACUUCUCUCUCUAUUCGCUUAAAAUAUCUCAUCGAUAUUACUCUUGUAAAUAGAUCAAAUAUUGUCCAUUCAUAGAAAUGGUUCGUUGGAUUACAAAGGUUGAAGUCCGCGAUUCUCUGAUAUAAGACUUCCCCCACUAUAUAAAAAGAAAAAAAAGAAAAAGAAAAAGAAAAUUAAAGGCGGACGCGUUAAACAGUCCCUCAAUCUGCUACAAAACGGAAACAGUCCUCGCGGAAGACACUUUAACGUUCUUCAUUUCGCAUCUAACGUCGUUCGAAAACUUUGAAGACACUUGUUUAAGAAUACAUAUUGCAAUUCUUGCGCGAAGCUUCGAUCGGAUCUCCCAAGAAAUCUGCAAAUGAAAUAAAAAAAAAAAAAUAAAAGAAAAAGGGAAAAACAAUGAAAAAAAGCAGAAAAAAGAAACGAAAGAUGGAAACUAAUAAUAACACAAAAAAAAAGAUGCACGCGACUUUGAAACUAAAUAAAUUUCAUUCUCCGGCCUUCGCAGGUCAACCAGAUAUACAAUUCCAGAGAUUACAAUGAUUAUAUCCACAAAAAAAGUUUCUACUACGUAGUACGUCUAGAUAUACUUACGUAUUGUGUAUAGUAUCUAAAUGCUGAUGUAGUUGCGAGCGCGGGAUACUCGUCUGGAGAGAGAGCCAUCCAAAAAAUGAGGAACAUUCGGCUAUAUUUACAAUUACGUAUUUACAUCAGGCGUUUAUCAUAUCCGGAUGAUGCAUGCGUCUAUACGCGGCAUGAAUCAAGCACAGAAUUUCUGCAUAGAAUUUUGUUUAACAUGUUAUACAUAUAAGCGCAUAUCUUUCUGAAAUUACUUCUUACCAUGUAAUUUUGCGUCAAAAAUCAAAUAUUUCACAAUUGAAUACAAAAAAAAAAGACAAAGAAAAAAUAACAAUGAAUUAAUCAUUCAUAAAUCAAUAUAUCUUUAAAUCGUUACAAAAUAUUGUAGAACUGAAUAGAGAAAAUUUACGUUAUAAUUUAAACGUAUUUUGUUUUGUAAACAUCAGAUUUAGCGCGUCGUUAACGUGAUUAAAAUGCGUAAGUUUAAACGGAUUUGUAUACCGGUUUCGAUUAAAAUAUUUUCGACGAAACGUUCCUCACGCACCAAACGCAUUGCAACUCAUUUUUUUUUUUUUUUUGCAACGUUCGCGUUGCUUCGAUCCAGUGUGCCUUUGACCGAAGAAAAACGAACGUAGCGAAAAAAGAUUUCGAAUUUGAAAGCACACUUAUCGAACACAGACGAAAACAACAUGGUAUCAGCGAAAUACGCAUAUAGAAAAUAUAGAAAAAAACAAAUGAAAAAGAAAAUAAGAAAAAUUAAAAUUGAAAAAGAGAAAUACGAAUCCGCGAUCUCGCCACCAUCUUCAUUUGUAAAAGUGUCUAUUUUCUCCGCUGCCUAAGUACAUACUAAUUAAUGAAAAAAGGUUGGCGAAUUCGGCAACCAGGCCAAGUCCGUCGACGAAACGGGAACAAUCUUUUGUGUGUUUCUUUGCGCUGAAAAGUUUUGGGGUCGCUCGGCGAUUGCGCUUCGUGGACGGGAUUGACCGCCAAUUUUUCCUCCUAUUCUCCGCUUCGAUUAAUAUCUCGUAAGCUUAAUGAAAAAAAAAUAUCUCGUGUAUUCUGUGAUAAUUACCCCUUAAAGUACAUAUACACACGUAUACACUCGCACAUACAUUUCACAUAACCUAUAAACAUUUAUACAUAUAAUAAUAAAAAACAGACACAAGGUAUAACCUAACAAUCAGAACUGUUAAGUUGGUACACGGAUAGAAUACAAGUCUAUCUACUAGUUAUUUAUUGAUUAAUUUGUAAAUUGUAAGAUGGAUAAAUUAUAUUGUAUUAAACAAUUUGUAUUGUUAUUUAGCUAUUAAUUAUUAUUUCUGAUAGAUUCAAACAAUCAUAAAGAUAAGCAUGCGUAUUGAUCGAAAGUUUUAUCGUAAAUAAGAAAUUAUUAUAAUAUUUAAAAAUUGUUUUUUUUUUAUGUUAUCCUAAAUGCCAACUUACCAAGUCUAUAAACAAUUGAAUCGAAUAUGCAACAUGUAACACAUAACAGACAAACAUAUAUAGAAACAUAAUUAUACAUACACAAUAUACCGCGCGCAUAUACACAUCAAGCACGUGAACACCGUUCCCAAUAGCAACAGUAUUUUUCUCUUUUAAAAAACAUUUCGAUUUCUAUUCUCUAUACUCGUUAAACGUCCGAAGAGUCUCAUUGGUGUGAUAGCGAAAGAUACCAUGGCAAUGUUGCAUAGAAAUUGUGACGAAUUAUCACAAUAUCUAUGUAAUCGAUCGGUAAUAUAAUAAGAACGACACGAAUACGAUGAUAUUGAUACUGGGAACGCAAAAGUAAUCGUCGAAUAAUCAAUCAGGUAAGAGAGGAAUUUCGACGAGCAACGAAGGACAGGAAAUGACUAGGAAUUUUCACGUUGCCGUUUAAUAGUGAUAUUUUUGUCUAAAUUCACGUGAACGGUAUGCGUGAAUGUUGUUUCUUAUACAGUUUGCUCGUAGGAAAACAAAACAAAUAUCGUUGUCGUGCACAUUUUGUCUUUUUCUUUAUUUUAUAUUGACUAAUCUAAAAGGAAAGAUUGCACAAAAGUAUGUUAUUCAAGAAAAAAUGAUACAAAAGUGCUCUGCAAUGAUUUAAUUUGAAAUGAAUAAAAAUUUAACCCUGCUGGGACUCUCAAACGGAAUUCAGUUUUCAAGUGCUUUAUCUUGGAUUCUACUUAAGAUAUCAAUAUAAUUACGGUACUAAUACAUAAUUUAUAAAAUUGAUAUUAUUCUAGUAUUAUUAGAUUAUUAUAAUAUAACGUGAUGCAUGCUAUGAAUGUUUAGAAAUGAAUGUUUAAUAAUAGAUCUAGCUUUUAGUCUAUGAAUUUCAUUACUUUUAAUAACUUUGAAUUCGAAGAAAGAAAAAGAAUAUAAAAGAAGAAUGAAAAAAAAUAUAUAAAAUAGAAUGGUCCCUAAAGGGUUAAAAAAAUUAAUAUCGAAAAAGAAAAGAAAUAGAAUGUAUUAUUAUCUUUACAUAAUGAGAAUGCAUAUCCGUAAAUCAUUUUAAUAUAUCAUUAACAUUUAUAUAUUUUAAAUUUAUACAAUCGAAAACAAAUGCGAAAAUCGAAAAAUUUUUCUGUGAUUGAACAUCUCGUUGCACGAAUCGAUUCAUUAUUCUUCUUAAAAAAAAAAAUCGAAGAAAAAAAGAAAAGAAAUAUGUAUAUAAUGAAACAAGGUUAAGUGUUCGUAGUUCUUGUUCGACGAGAGCGUGAGAUGUCAUCGCGAACUUUUGCGUUCAGUAGCUGACCAUGGACGCAGAACCAAAGAAAGGAAAUUAUUCGAAAACUAGACUUCAGAUUGCUGUAUUAUGAGAACAUGUAGCAGAAGAAACCAUUUAACAAAUGGAAAGGAAAAAAGAAAAAAAGAACAAAUAUAUACACAAUUGUUGACAAUACUAUGCUUGAGAAAUCGUACGACGCGUAUAUAAUUGUACUUAACAAAUAUAUUAAAAAAAAAAAAGAAAAAAAAUGGCAGAAUGUUUGUGUUUCGUAAGUAAAGCAUAUUAAGGAAUAAAUUUGUAAUCAUGUGACAAGAGAUGCAAAAAGAAAAUAACGAAACGCGUAAUUCUGUGCGUACGUGCGGAUGACUGCAUGAUUAUUAGAUAUUAUAUCUCAACGAGUAAUGAGUACAUUUUCAUCGUUCCCGUAAAGAAUACCAUUGUUGUUAUCAAAAUUUUUAACGCGAAACUAAGCGAAUGAAGAGGGAGAAGAAUUAUAUUACAACACACCGUUGCGCAGCCUCCGAAUAUACAUAGGUGAACCUAAAAGCAAUUGUAUCAGAGACAAACACGCACAUUCAACACAAAAAAAAAAAAAAUACCAAACCCCAGAUCUUUAUUAAUAAACGUUUAUCUUUCGUUCGUUCA